AUGUUUCAUCGAAGCCACAGGCAUUUGCUGCAGGCUUGCAAGACUCUAAUACCGGCCGCACGCAAACUGAGUCUCAAAGAACAUCAGGGUAUUACGCUGCUAAAGCAAGCUGGAAUACCAGUUGCUCCAUUUGGAGUUGCUCGAAAUGCAGACAAAUUAAUGGAGGAAGCUGCAAAAAUUGGUGGCAAGGAUCUCGUUGUAAAAGCUCAGGUUUUGACCGGUGGUCGAGGUAAAGGAUAUUUCGAUUCUGGCUUACAAGGAGGCGUGCAACUUGUCUUUUCGCCUGAAGAAGCACGUGACAAGGCUGCAAUGAUGCUGGGCUCAAGAAUUUUCACGAAACAAACUGGCGCGCAGGGCAGACUGUGUGAAGAAGUGAUGGUAUGCAAACGACUCUUUACCCGUCGUGAAUACUAUUUUUCCAUCACUAUGGAUCGACAUUCCGGAGGGCCAGUAGCUGUUGGUUCAUCGAAAGGUGGUGUCAACAUUGAGCAGGUAGCUGCAGAGGAUCCAAAUGCCAUUGUAAAAUGCCCAAUUGAUAUUUUUGAAGGAUUGACUGAUGCAAAAGCUAUGAGUGUUGCCGAACAAAUGUCAUUCAGAGAUGAAUGCAAACAACAGGCUGCAGAAAUUUUCAAAAAACUAUACAAUUUAUUCAUUAAAUUUGAUGCUACGCUUGUUGAAAUCAAUCCAAUGGCCGAAGACGUCAAUGGAACAAUUUAUUGCUUGGAUUGUAAAUUGAAUGUGGAUUCGAAUGCGCGUCAUCGUCAGCAGAAUCUGUUUGCGUUGGAAGAUGAGCAUCAGCAAGAUUAUUUGGAAUUGCGCGCAACAAAAGCCGAUCUCAAUUAUAUUCGUUUGGAUGGUAGCAUCGGAUGCAUGGUGAAUGGAGCAGGAUUAGCUAUGGCUACGAUGGAUAUUAUUAAGCUUCACGGUGGUGAGCCGGCGAAUUUCUUGGAUGUUGGAGGUAGUGCCACGGUGGAGCAAGUUACCGAGGCAUUCAGAAUCAUCACAGCUGAUAAGGACAAGGUUCAUGCAAUUCUUGUCAAUAUUUUCGGUGGCAUAAUGCGUUGUGAUAUUAUUGCUCAGGGAAUGAUCAAUGCAGUGAAGGAGCUUCAGCUUAAAGUUCCAGUCGUUGUUCGUCUACAGGGAAAUCGUGUUGCGGAUGCAAAAGCACUGAUUGCCAAUGCGCAGCUGCGAAUGCUUCCGUGCGAUGAUUUGGAUGAUGCGGCAAAAAUGGCCGUGAAAUUGUCACAGAUUGUGCAGCUGGCUCGAUCUGCAUCCGUUGAUGUGAAUUUUGAGCUUUCCAUAUAA